AUGAGUGGUGAAAUUGUUACAUGGACUGAGGUAGCUAAGGCCACUUUAGCUAAAGCUGAAAAAUACAAGAGUACAACUAAAGGAGGAGGAAGCCAAAAAGAUGAGUUUUCUCUCACAAAAUGUAUGCAAAUCCUCGAAGGAAUGGAAGAAGUCAAUGAUGAUGCCUACAUGAAAGCUAUUGAGAAAUUUAAGGAUCCAGAUUGGAGAGAGAUUUUUAUUAAUAUGUCUAUUAUUAGAAAGAGAGCUUGGAUUAGGAGUAAUCAAAUGGAUGAUUCUAGUUCAUCUUCUGCAGAUAGCGAUUUUGAUGAUUUUUUAGAUUUUUUAAUGCUAAACAUUUUAAGUGAUUACAAUGAAAAGUUUAUCGAGAAAAUCCUUCAAAGAACAUCUGCUUUAUGUGGAGAAGAUUUUGUGAAUACCAAGCUUCUAUGUACAAUAGGUUUUCUCCCACAAUAUCGUGGUGAAAGAUACAAUUUUCAAGAAUACAACAGUGGAAGUAAUCUACCACGUGGUAUGAAAGAACUUUUCAAUUAUAGGCAUCCUUCACUCAGGAAUGUCAUUGAACAGUGCUUUGGUGUACUGAAAGCACAUUUUCCUAUAUUGAAGAUGAUGUCACCUUACAAAUUGAGUAGACAACCUUUGAUAGUUAUUGCUUGUUGCACUCUUCAUAACUUUAUUCGUCAACGCACACAAUAUGAUCAUAUGUUUAGAGAAUGGGAAGAAAAAGAACUUGAUGGUGACGACAACAUAGAGGAACCUUACACUAGUGUGUCAAGAUGUGAAGUCAAUUGA